AUGGGGAAGCUCAAUUAUCUCGCGAGACGUAUCAGCGGUCUCAAGGCCGGCCAAGCCGUGUCCAAAGACCUGAAAAAACGUUUCCCACCAGGUGCAGGUUCCAAAUCCGCCGCACGAGACCCCUUUGUCGAGAUCGACGUGAGCGGCAAGGUGUUGACUGACGAGGGCCUGGCCCAGUUCAUCGGAGAUCUGGUGGACUGCCUCGAGUUCAGGGACCAGGAGCACCCCAUGGGACUGGCCAAAGUCACCGAGCUGCACCUGUCCGGCAACCGGCUGACCGUGGACUCGCUGCCGAUGCUGGCGGAGGUGGUCAAGCGGAGUGCGGGCGAUCUGCGCGAGCUCGAUCUGUCCAACAACGACAUUCAGAUCACGACCCCCGACGCCGUCCGGAAGUGGACUAAUUUCCUGAACUCGUUCCACAAGUGCUUCGUGCUUCGCAAGCUGGACCUGGGUGGUAAUGCCCUCGGUCGUGCGGGCGUCGAGCACCUGGCGCGCAUUUACAUGAAAUCGGACCUGGAUUUCCUCGAGGGCGAUGCGCAUGAGGUGCUUGAAUUGGACUCCGAUGAGGAGGAAUACCCAUCGACUCCAGAAUCCGUGGCUGAGGGCGUGGCUCGGUUGAAGGUCAUGGCCGGUAAAGAGAACGAAGGCACCGCUCGGAAGAAGUCCCCGUCUCUGCCCAAGCCAGAGCAGAAAAACGGUAAGUUGGGAUUCCCCGUCCCACUAUCUCAUACGCACGCCGAAUUGAAGAAAUUCGCCUGCACGCGUGGCCUACGCUCGAUCCCAUACUUGAUCCUCACAAAUGUCUCGAUGACGAGUCAUAGUGCCAUUCAGCUGAUUCCCAUGCUCGACAUUCAGCGUGCCCCCGAGUCGAUGUUGAACUUUCUUCCGGUGCUUGGCAAAGCCACGGUGCUGCCUGAGAGUGCGGCCUCAUGCAAAAGCAUCAUCUGGCGCCCUAACGACAAGCUAGCUCCUCAUGUGCUCCGCAUGAUCGAGGUAGCCGAAGCUCUUCAGCACCUCCGAGAGUCCAAAGCCAGCGACGCUUCCAGCGAGACGAGUCAAGACAUCGAUAGUGCUACCCAGCAGAAGUUACAGAGCAAACUGCGAACCGAGUUCACUCGAGUUUGCAAACGCGUACGUCUCGAGGUUAUCAGGGCUGACGGCAUGCACAGCAGCACAAUCUGGAGCACCGCCUUGAGAAUGAUGCUUGUUUCGCGCGCUCUGCUUCUAGAAGACCGGGACCGUCCCAUAGAUUGCGAAGAAAAUGACAUCCUAGAGCGGAUGCCGAUCCCUCGACCGACCGAAGGCCGGGUAGUCUCGUUUCCCAUGGAUCCGGACAGCGAUGAUAGCUCCUCUGGCGAGCCCACAUACUACCAUGUCGAGAACGCCGCGCCUUCGGGUCCCUUCCAUCCGAGUGCCGUUAGCUUCGACCUCCAGUUUCCCAACCUGCCGUCGACAGCCCCGGGACCUCCUCCAGCACUGCGUAUCCCUUCCGGCGAUCUUUCUGAUACCAACCAGACGACCAGAAGAGUCCCUCCACCCUCUCAACCGGCGGCGACUGCCACUCGAAGACGCGCCGUUCGCGACCCUGGCAAACAGGAAUGGCGCUAUGAUAUGCCUUUCAAAGUCUGGCGUCGGAUCAUCGCUGAAGCAGUCGGGGCCGAUGGGAUCCUGGAUCUCGAGCAACAAACUCGCAUCAUGCACUACGCAAGUGACUGGGAUGUUGUUGCUUAUGGUGUGCAAAUCAAGGGCACGGAGGUUCACCAGCAGCUCUGGAAAUUCCUAGAAUCCGUGGGCUGCUUCACCUACAGUCCCCUGUGA